AUGGAGGAGUCGUUUCCUCUUCCUCUGCGCCCCUUGAUCGAGAAGUCAGCAACAGAACCGGAUUCAUUGCCUAUCCGAAUCGCCCAGAUUAAUGGCCAGCGUGGCUCUUUUCGCAAUGUCACUGAAACAAGCCUGCAGGAGGAGAUACGUGCGGAGCGGGCUAGAAAUGCUGCAGGGGUGGAAGGGAGGGAGGAGGAGGAGGCAGUAGAAUCACAGGAAGCUAAGUCGGCAGAUAGGCUGGAGCAGUUGUUUAAGAGCCGUGCCGAAAUUGUAGAUUUUGCAACGCAAGCCCAUGCUGAAGCCAACUAUGCCCUCGACCUCGUGUCUCUGCUUGUUUCCAGAUAUACACCGCGCCAGGCUGAGAUGUCCAUGUCUCCCUAUCUCAAACAGAGGGCACCGCUAGGUUCGUUGGGGAUCGAUAUCAUCAAAACGCCGGAGAAGACAGAAGCUGUACAAAAGGAAAUCGCGGACCUGUCACGGGGUUGGAAGAUGGAAAACUUCGAUUCUGCGGCUAACAAGCUGCUGCAAGCCGCGUCCCGGCUGGAAGAGGAGGUUACUGCGGAGACAAAAUAUUGGGCUGGCGUCUUGAAUAUCAAGGAAAAGGGGUGGAAAGUUUGCAGGCUUCCACGGGAAAGACAGACGUUAGGUGUACAGUAUGGCUUCUUGGAAGCCACUCCUACGUUCCGCGACCGCGGCCUUGCAGCCUUGCGGCGAGGAAAUAGAGGAGAUCUAAUAUUGGACCGCGGGCUACAAGCACGCAAACCUCGCUCUCUCCGUGUUCGGGUGCAGCAUGCUGACCGUAUAGUGGGGGCCUCAAAGAUCGUCUCCCUGGAAUUGGCUCCCGGCAAUGAUGCCAUUGAAAACCACAUUCGUUUGACUCGGGAUGCCUUGUAUGAAGAAGAGCUGUUCCAUGAACUUAAUCGCGAAGCCCGCACUCUACUGCAACAUGGCAUCGAGAGCAAGGAGAAUUUCAUCCAGUUACCAGCUGACUCUAAUCAACAAAUUCUAAUCGAUAUGGUUGGGCCGGAAGAGUGUAAUAUUUGGGACACAGACAAACAGGGGCAUGCAGAAGAUGCUCUGGCGGAGACUGUUGCCCAAUCUCUACGGAUAUUACUGUCCCACGCCCAUCGUCAGAAGUACAGACGCAGGACCCAAAUCCCGCCGCCAGUCACAUCGAAACGCAGAACAAAUCCAGAAUACUCCCUUCUACGACCAAUUGUCUGUUAUCUACAGCACAAAUCAGCGCUGGAAUGGUUGAAACUUUUCCUUAGCAACAUAACCCGAACGUUACAACUAGCCGGGUUAAACUGCAAAUACAACAUCUCCCCACUGGUAUCCGUGAAAUUCCCCGUCGUAGAUACAAGCAACCUCUCUCCUUGGGAACUGGACACUCCUCCCUUCGUCGAGAGACUCGUAAACAGUUUUCUCACACCAUUUGAGUCCAUUGUGACCGGCACUUUCCUCUCGCCAGCCUCCAGCUUCAAAAUCCGCAUAGUCACCAACAUCAGCCCCAGUGCAUUCGGAACGGAAUUCGAAAUAGGAUCGAACAUCUCUUCUAGUCCGCGCACUAAAUCCAGCUCCUCCCGCUUCGGCCUGCGAGAUGAUCUCCAACAGCUCCUUCUCCACCUCUUCACGACGGACCUGGUAUACCUCAUCCCCCAUCUAGCCCGGGAUGCAGGUACAGAGCCAUCAUCUCUACGGCCCAACACAUCCCUGCUGAAACAAGAGCAAGGACAAGAACAAGAACAGCCAGAACAAAGCGGUUUCAACACCCCUACCCAAUGCCACACCUCGCACCUGACAUCGUGGAUCCCCAACUCCCCUGAAAAUGGGGAGUUGACUGUAUUCUCCCCUUCCCAACACCGAAAUAAAAAGCUCACCAUCGACUUGCAUCCAGACAAGUUGACUGUACAGUGUCAGUGGCUACGUUCUGAGAUAGAUGUAGAUGGGAAUAUGGACUGGGAGAUGUCAACAGGUGAAGGGGAUGUGAUCUAUUGGUGGGGCGAUGGUGAUGGGAAUGAGGGAAAGACUUUGCAGAGUGUUGUCGGACUGAUGAGUCAAGAGGCCCCCAAGGCUGAGUUGUAG